UAAGAAAACCAGGGCUCCUCUGCUAGUUUGGAGCUAAGCUAGUUAGCUAGCUAGCUAACUAACAGAUUUCCCUUGUGUUUACCUUUCUAGUGCUCUUAUUAUACUGCCUUACUUGACAAAAUCGGUUAUUUCUCCUUUAGUCUUAAUUUUUUUUUUUUGGUCAGUGGAAGUGCUGUUUUGCACAGUGAACUUUUUAACGGAAUGUUGCAAGCUAAGCAGCUAGAUCGUUAGCCAGUUAGUGAAUUAAAUAGACUUCGGAUUUCAUUCAGCUCGAGUUUAUCCGGCUCUCGCAUCCCGGUUGACGGCUGGUUGAAGCAUGUUCGGUGUUGUACCUAACAGUCUACUCCGAUCGCUACAGUGAUUUAUUAGCUGCAGCUCGGGAUGUUUAGUAACGAAUGAGGGACCUUUAGCUAGCUAGUGCGGGCCUCGAGUGGAAACAAUGGGCUCCGCGAACAGGGCGAAGCACCCGCGACUGUCCGGGUCAGACGCUCCUUCUCGGGGAUAAGAGGCAACCAGAGAGCGCCGAGCUGGAGGUUUGCUUGCCGGCCUGGUCAGCCGCUCGUACUGACACUCUCGGGGGGAAUUUGGAUGUAAAGCUUGAUAUGGCUUUGGGAGCAUUACGGCCUUGCAUACCUCAACCGUUUUUGCCUGAUGAGACAUUAUUCAAAGUUCAUUUAAGUCGGAAAAUAAAGCCCGAUACGGUGUAUCUAAGGGUAACCGUUAUCUGCUACCAGUCCCGUUUAAUCAGCAGGACUUGUUACUUUUCCGUUUAAUUAGCUGGAUGGCUAGCGUUGACAGAUAUCUGGCGAUCAGUGAUUAAGUUAUGCUUUAAACUUUAAGUGUAUCUAUUACGGGGGCAUUAUCCUAAUUUGUUCAUCAUAGAUAACUGAUUAUUAGAUUUGCGUUACUAAAGUCAGCCGUAAUAUCCAAACUAUACGAACUGGAACUUGUCGCGUGAUCGUCACACACACGUGUUUUCGGAUGUUUUCAAAACAAUCCGGUUUAGUAACCGCUACCGCUUCGUGUGAUUAACAGGCGCCUUAAUCCGCGGGAUUGCCCUCUUCCACGCCGCUGGAUAUGAAGUUUCGGGCUGACAGUAGCAGUAAGAAUGAGACAAGCUACCCAGCAGAAAGACUGAACCACAGUGCCGAUCGUCUCAGAGACAUGGCAGGUAUCAGGGAGGAGCAGCAACGCGUCUUUGUGCACAACCACCUCCGGGACGAUCCGCCCGCCGCAAUCCGUACGUCUGAAAUAAAACACGGAGCGGCUGGAUGCGUACAGGAUCCCGCGGGUCUGUGCAACGGCUCUUUGUCAGCGGCAGAGCCGGGGAACGUGAUUUCGCACUGCAUCCAAAGCGACUUGGACAUGACCGACGGUGUGACGGAAAUAUCCGAGGUGUGCGCGUCCAGUACGGACGAGGACGAACAGCUCACGCUGGAGCUGCAACAGGCGUAUAGAAUAUUCCACAGUUUCCUGCUGGAGAAGCACAAAGCGAUUACUGCCCCGUUUUGGCAAUCCGUUGGCCCGGGAGACCAGAGGGUUCAGGCUCCUCGAAACGACAUGUGUUUUAAAAAGAUGGACGAUAAGUUUGUCAACCGCGAGUACGAAAGCAUUACUGAGUUUGUGGCUGACUUUCGCCUAAUGCUGGAGAACUGCUACAGAUUUCAUGGUGUGGACCACUGGAUCUCCAAACAGGCCCAAAAACUGGAGAUCAUGCUAGAACAAAAGCUAACUCUGCUGUCAAGGGCGCUGAGAGAAAAGACAUCCUUGGCUGUGACCUCUAGGGGGCGUUUUGGCACCGAAGAUGAGAGGGGUCCACCUGGCACCUCGAGUAGGCGGAGGUCUGUUCCUCGGAGUCUGGCAGCCAUUACAGUGGGGGGCUGUGAGUCCAUCAUGGUUCAGGCUCUCAGAAUGGAAGAACAACGGAGAGCCAAAGAGGACAAAAGGCAACGAGAGCUCGUGAAGAAGGAGGCUGAGGAGGCGUCGGCCAAGGAGGUGGAGCAGUGGGAGCAGUGUCUGCUCUCCCUGGCCGAGCCGUGGCCCGUUGCCACCAUGUGGGAGCUGCCCGCCGUCGGUCACUUCCUGUGCCUCGCCCAGACGGCCCUCAACCUGCCCGAGAUCGUCUUCUUUGAGCUGGAGCGUUGCCUGCUGAUGCCCCGCUGCAGCUCCUUCCUGGCCAAGGUCAUGACCUCGCUGCUCUGCCAGCCCCACCGCAGGGCCACUCUCCACCGGCGCCCGGCUCUGGCCUACCGGCGCUGGGAGGCGGAGCUAAGGCGGAGGGUCUUGGGCUGGUACCAGGCGGUGGGCGGGGCGGAGGACCAGGCCGCCUGCGCCGAGCGUCUGGGGCUCUGCCAUCGCUUUUUCUGGACGCUGGGCGAGACGAGUCCCCUGGAGGACGUGGCCUUCCACCUGCUGCCCUUCAAGCAGCGUGUUUGGCUGCUCAAGGGCCUUUGUGACCACGUGUACGAGACACAGAAGGACGUGCAGGACGCUGUGCUGGGGCAGCCCAUCCACGAGUGCCGCGAGUCCAUCCUGGGCUACGACGGCCAGGAAAACGCCUACAUCCACUUCCCGCACUUCUGCGGCGCGGAUUUGCGAAUCUACUGCCAGAGCCCCUGCACGCCACUCACCUACCCCAUGCCGAUGCUCCGCGUGAAGAAGCUAUCACGGGAAGCGGAGGCCGAGGGCUCGGCAGGCCCAGCCGGGUCCCUCGAGGCGAAGGUCGAGAACGGAGACCCCAGCGGUGCGCGGCUGUACUCCUGGGCCGGCAGAGAGGAUUCACCUGGAGGCACAGACGACUCGGAAGAAAACCUACUGGACCGGGAAGGUCCUGACAGAUUUUUGUACUCUUUUAAAGAGGAGCUGCCGAGUCCCGCAAGCAUCAAGGAAGAGCUCAUGGAGGUGGAACAGAGAGUUAAAUUAAAAGAAGCAGACGAGCCAGCAGGAGAGGAGGAGUCUGAACCCUGCCUUAGGGUGGGGGGUGACUGCUAUCAUGGAAAGUCUCCUGCCAACUUUCUGGGCACUGACACUUUAAAAGCUCCUUUGCCGUCCGACGUAGCCGCUGCGCCUCACAACGGACCACCGGCAUGCCGGGACUGGGGUCCCUGUCCGGGGCGUCCCGCGGACAGCGCCGCAGAGCCAGAAAGUCGCCCGUGCUGCGGCUCCACAGCCGCGGCGGGCCGGACCUGCUCCUCGCGUCCUCCGCGCACCACGGGCGUGCCCUCCAGGAAGAAGAAGAAGAAGAAAAAGGGAGCGAGAGGGGUCGCAGCAAGGAGGCCGGGUCUGAAAAGGCGCGGGCAGGCGAGGGCGGCCCGAGGCGGCCUGCGCAAAGCCGCCACCUCCGCGAAGAGGAGGGAGAAAAGGAAGCGGAAGCUAGGGAAAAAGUUUGACCUCAAGAAACCUGGAGAAAAGAAGGGGAAAGAACCUCCUGAGCUCCCUCUGGAGCCAGAGUUUAGGUUGGUGUGCACCACGUUAGAGGAGCUGAGGGAUCUCAUCAGUAAAACAGAGGAUGAACUUGAUGAUCUGGAAAGUACCAGAAAGAGAUGUGGUCGAUGGUACUCGAAAAGGGAAGCCGUGAAAGACCUUCACAUAACUCUCAUAAGAUUACUGAAUGAGCUGUCACCAUGGGAACCCAAAUUAAUAAAGGCCUUCCAAAGGAACAGGGCCAGAUUGAAAAAGGAAAGUGACGAUUUCAAAAAGCAGCCCGAAUAUGACGACUUCAUCAGAGAAGAGUGGGCGGGGCCUGAUGGAGAUGCAGGGCCAUGCAGAGAAGCCUCUUCAUCUGCAGAAGUUGGUAGAGAGUCACAAGGUGAAGAAAAAAUCGAGAGGACUUUAAAGGGAGACUCUGAGGCAUCAGAAUGUGAAAAUCAUCUUGGAAACGAGUCAUUAGGAUGCUUAGUCAGCAGACCAGAAGUUAUCACGACAGUGAGUGAUUCUGGGCCUUUGACUCGGAGCUCGAAGCGACGCCAGAGUGGUGUCCCAGAGGAGAACUUGAGUCCUAGUAAAAAAGGGAAGAUGGUCUUUAAUGAUUCUGUGACCCUUGAAUCUCAGACUGAGGUUAAAUCCAAGGAUCAGAGUACAGCAGGAACAAACUCUGAAAGCACAGACAGAAUAUCAUUGGCAGCUGCACCCAUAGGCACUUUUCAGGGACGCUGUAAGCCAAUCCAGGCAUUGUUGGCCAAGAGCGUUGGGAACAAAGUGACCUUAAUAAGUCAUCCACAGGCCGCUGCCAUGGCUGGAGCUUUGAAACUGCCAAGUAAGAUGGCAUCUGAAGCUGUUCCGCCAACCAAACCUGCACUGAGCUGUCAACCAGCACUCAGCACCACACCAACACAGGCACCAACUCCACAGUCUUCCCAAAAGAGUCCUGUGCAAGUUGUGUAUAAGAUGCCAGAGGGCUUUAGUUUGGUAAAGAAAGAUGGCACGCCAGUUAAGUUUCCAGUGCAGCCCGUUGUGGACCAGACAACGGGAGAAAAGGCGAUGCAGCAAGUCAUCAUUCUUCCCUCAAACAUGCUUAUUCAAAGGGCAGAGGAAAAGAGGAACGUCCAGCCAUCCAGCAUCACCCCGGUUUCAAUUUCCGAGACUGCUACACUUUUGUCCAGUACUCCUGGGUUCACCGUGCCAGAAAACAAACUAGCUGUCCAGCAGGUGGCGCCAUUAAAAGAUGCUAGCUUUGUGAAGUCACCUUCUCCUACUGCGUCACCCAUCGUACAAAAGAGAGCAUCUUGCAGGGACUUGCCUGCCCCGAUGAAGACCACUGAGCCAAGUUCAACUUUACACAGAUCCUCUACCACUCCUUCAUCUUUUUCUGAUCCCAACAAAUGUGAUGCGAAACAGGAGCUGAAGACUGUGUGCAUCAGAGACUCACAGUCCAUCCUUGUUACAACCAGAGGGGGAAACACAGGCGUGGUGAAAGUGCAGACUUCAGGCCAGAGAGAAGAAAGUGCUUUACCACCCAGUCUUGUUUAUGCCAUCCCUCCAAAGUUUCAGGCUUUCCUGGUGCCCAAGACAUCUGCCACGGCAACAAGCACUGCUCAAGCGGCGCGCACAACUACUACUGCCGAACCUUUUCCUCUGUCAGUCAACAAGGGUACUUCCUUCAAAUCAGCACCCUUAUCUCCUUUAAGAUGUGUCAAUCCAGUGAUACCAUCUCAUCUGGGGGAAAGAACAAGUAACACAGUAACUCAGAGCCACGGCUCGCGUGUUCCUAUAGUUUCGAUUUCUGGCAGUGUAGCCAAAUCACCCCAAACAUUAAUCCCAGUUAACUCAAUAACUCCAAACCCUUUCCAAAGUAAUACUAGUGUGAGUGCUGCCCAAGUCAUCCCACAGACCUCUGCUUUUAAAAGUAUACCCAGGCCUACUCAAAAGAGCUCUCAAGUAAGCAGUCUUGUGCCAGACCAGUCCACCUUUCAGAAGGUUUUUCUGGUCACUCCCACAGCAAGCCUCUCUUUGUCAACAUCAAGCAUCACCACUGCUUCUGCCCCACUAACUGCUACAGGGUCAAGGGUCAUGUUUAUGAGUCAGUCUGCUUCUGCCUGCUCUACAGUUACUAUUCUUAAGGGGUCUGUGACAUCUGAUUCUAGCAUGACAGGCAAAAUUACUUCUUCUGAAGCCAGGGAGGUUAGACCCAACCUUGGCCGAGUAAUUGGCAGCAUGACUGCUGGUACUCCAACUAAAGUCCAAGAUAUGAACAUAUCGGGAUUGACGGCUAGUAUAUCGGACAAGACUGCUGUCAGAAAUAAGAUGGCACCACCAGCUGAAGCGGCUAUAAAGCUCGAGUCAGUGACGGUCUCUGGUGUGCCUGACACUUCAAGUGGACUCGCUUUUGUUCAAAACAGCAAACCUACUGCAAGUAGCUGCAUGCCACUGAACAUCAAAGGACCUGUCACAGUCAUGGGGUCCACUGAUGACAAAACAGUAAUGUUUUCAACUUAUGGCCCUGGUCAUAUGGCCUCUUCUGCACUCCUUUCAGCUGUACAGCAAAAGAGUUCAUUGAUGACGGCCACAGUAUCUACAUCAAAUGUACCACAUAACAGAUUAGAAUUAGUAGUUGGCAGUUCAACUCCAAAUUCUGGUCCUACACUGGGAAGCCUAAUAAACAAAGAUGCUACUUUACUAAGAAGUCUUACAGCAGAGAAGACAGGGCCUGCUAAAUGCGCUGGAUCAGCUCCCUCACCGGUCAGUCUUCCGGUCAUUACUUCUAUACCAAGCUUCUCUCAAACUGUCACUCCGAGCACCACAAUAGCACCACACAUAUCAGGUACUGCUUCUCUGACACCUCAACCAGUUAUGACUUCUGUGGUUAGUCCUCCUGUGAAUUCCAACACUUCCACCACUACAGUGCAGGAAAAAUUUGUGAUCAGUACCACUGCUCCACUUGCUCCUGGCACACAACUCCUAAUCAACAACACACGAUUUGUGGUACCUGCUCAAGGCCUUGGGCCUGGUAGUCAUGUUCUCCUCAUAUCAGGCCCUGCCUUGCACCCUGCGGGUCCUCAAAGAACAAGUCCUGUACUUCCUUUCCCCAGGGGUCCAGGUGCUCCAGCAUCACCUGGUACAUCAGGGGUUCAAGGUCCAAGAAUGGUAGAACCUGGUGCGCAAGCCACAGCACAGCACACACCCAUCCGGCUGCCAGCACUCAGUUACACCCAUUCACACCUUCCACCAGCACCCACCACAGCAAAGGCUGGACCAUCUGCCCUUGUUAAUAAACCUUUAAAUGCAGUCAGAGCUUCACUGGUCUCUACUGAUUCUACUGCCCUUGCCCAAGUGGCUCCAUUAGGGACUGUCCUAUCAUCUGGACAGCGAAAUCUGACCAGUAUUCUAAGACUUCCUUCCUUUUUAGCUCCUGAAGGGAAAAUAAUGCACGGUGGGGCAAGCUGCCCCCCAAAAAUUAUUACCGUCACUGCUCAGUCACAGAGAAGCUCACCCAGCAUGGCUACACCAGCUCUUUUACAAACAGGACUCGUACCUGCACCACCGAAACCAUCUGCUAUACCAACAGCCAGUCCUGUGAUUCCCCGGACAUCCCCAGUGGUUGCAGUGCCACCCAUGAGUAGUACAGUAUCAAGGCUGCAGACUCUUCCUGUGGCAACAUUUCCACCAAUCGGGGGUCCUGUUAACAAUAGUUUGACCACUGCUGCUGCAACAGUACCUCUGCCUGUUAACACAGUUAUAAUGGCACCUUGUCAGCCAGUUGGGCCUUUGCAAGCUGGAGAUAUUAGAAUGCCAGUUGUCAUGACCAAUCCACCACAGGUGCAAGGCAAGGGUCCGGUACAGGUCCAAGGUGCGCAAACCAUCCAUACUUCCCAUAAACUGUUGCUGAGUCCUGAUGGUGCCAUUCUGAAUGUACUCAGAUGCCCAACCCUACAGUCUUUACCAGUGAUGGCAAACACAAUGACCACACGAAUGGUGAUUCCCACCUCUGAUAGUGUUACUGGAUCUCUUCUGAACACACUUGAUCCCCAGAGGAUACUAACAUCAGAUACUAAUGCAGAGGGACCUAAUAAGUAACACUUGCUGUCUCUUAAUAAAAUUUGACAUUUCAUCAAUUAAUCUGUUACUCUAGUUGUAGGGCUUAAAGUAGGUGGGUGGAAGGUUUGCUGAAAGGUGGUGUGAUGAUGUAGGUUAUUUUCUUACUUCUCCUCGCUCUUAUUUUUACAUUACAGGUCUCAUCCUACUGACUAAGCACUAUUUUGUAUUUUGGAUUUUUUACAGCACCUGUUGUGGGAAAACAUGCUGUCAGGUGUUUGAAUCAAAUUUGGUUUGAAAAGAAGGAACAUGCGAAUGGCCAGUAAUGUACAUAGUAAAAUAUUUUGUUGGCAUUUCCUGUCUCAUUAGUAUGCAAGUUUUAAAAACUUUAUUUAAAAAACAAUAUUUUGUAGCUUUUCCAUUGACAAAAUCAUUAAAUGAUGCAUACUUUA